AUGUUUUUAAGCGUGGUAGAUUGGGUUCUGGCAGUGAUUGUGGGAUAUAAGACACCAUUGUAUGCAAUUUGGAUGGUCCAACAGGUGGUGUGGUCAUUUGAGACUGCGCGCAUACCCAAACGCGCGGUGAUGAUACCUUCAGAGACUUAUCCAAUGGCAAAACCCGUGAUGACGUUGGGGACGGAAUCCAAGAAUCGGGUUGUACUGGCGUUUGUCGUGAAGCCAGUGGUAUUUUCGAACAUUGGGAUGUGGUUGAUGAUUGUGAAGUCGAUUUUUUCGGUGACAUUUGCACAACGGAUGGUAAUUAUGAAUCCGGUGGUGGCUGGUCGGUCGGUGGAUGUCAAAAAAUGUGAAUAA